CCUCAUGUUAACACCGCUACAGGCCUACUUGGCAUUGCACGCGCGUGCGGCGGAGUUAGGUGGUAGGAUGAGGUGGGUAGGGUGAGACGCUAGAUGUAGAAGGUGGGAACGAUGGCAUAAAUAAAGGACUGCGCCGUUGAGGAGGGGAUUCUGUCUGUCUCCAUACACGACUCACUCGAAGCGCUGUUUAAUACCAGCCAGGCGAUAAGCGCAACACGCAACAGCACCAGCAGCGUAAAGAGAGUGUGAAAAUGGCUACACAGACGCCCGUUUGGUUCAUCACGGCCGCCACUUCUGGCUUCGGGCACUACCUCGCUCUCGAGGCCCUCGCUCGCGGGCACCACGUCAUUGCAUCCGGCCGCAGCCUCAGCAGACUUUCCCCCCUCGCCGACGCAGGCGCCCACACCGUCGUCCUCGAUGUGACUUCACCUCUUCCCGCCAUCCAAGCCGUCGCAAAAGACGCAGUCGCAAAGUACGGCUACAUCUCGCACCUCGUCAACGCAGCGGGAUACGUCCUCAUCGGCGCGGUGGAAGAAACCUCUCCGCAGGAGGACUACGACACGUUCAACACGAACGUCUUCGGCGUGCUGAAUGUGAGCAAAGCUUUCCUGCCGUAUCUACGGGCGAGCGCGGGCCACCGCACGAUCUGCAAUUUCGGAUCGAUUGCGAGCUGGACGGGAGGUGCGGGGGCCGCGCUGUAUUACUCGACGAAGUGGGCUGUGAGUGGGCUCAGCGAGGCGAUGCGCGAGGAGCUCGCACCAUUUGGGAUCGCGGUCACAGUCGCCGAACCAGGCUACUUUCGCACGGGAUUUCUGAACAAAGGCGCGGCGGUUAAUUCCGAGAAGACGAUCGAGGCGUAUGAGGAGAGUGCGGCGGGGCAGACGAGGAGGGGGUUGGAGGGGCAUGAUGGGAAGCAGGUUGGGGACGUGAAGAAGGGGUGUAGGGUGUUGGUGGAUAUCUUGACGAUGAGCGGGGUGGCGGAGGAGCAGGAGGUGCCGAUCAGAGUUGCACUGGGGAGUGAUAGUGGGCCGACUAUUCGGGAGAAGUGCGAGCGCACGAUGAGGUUGUUAGAUGAGUGGGAGGGGGUUACGGGGAAGACGGAUCAUGAGGACUAGGAAGGGUGGGUGUGGAAGGUAGGAUCUCGAGAGAUGAU